UUUUAAAAGAAAAGGACAAUGCUCGAUGCAUUUCGUGCAGAAUCUGAGUGGAGGCGUGAAUAGGUGUUCGUCGGAAAUCCUACACACAGGUGUGGCCUUUCCAGAUCACGUUGUGUAUUUUCGUUUAUAUUAUCGAUAACAAGUCGUAUCCAUCUUAUAAAAUCGGUUUUAUGAAUCGAGACGUAUUCGAUGUGUGUUUCUGUUUGUCGAUUACUUUACUAUAUCGCAUUUAACCUUCCUGCGGGUCAACAGAUGUUAAAGUGGGUGGUGAAACGUCCCUGGGUUAUACCGAGAUGUCAGUCAUAAGGUUAUCUGAGGUUCUCAAGGACGUCUAACAGGUCAACGAAAUAAAAUUCUGAACGGUAUUUCAGUUAAUGAAAAUGGGUAGAUCAGGAUAUACAUGUAUCCGCCAUUCACUUUGCAUAAUUAAUUUGCUCUUUUGGGUGGUCGGUUGUGGAAUGCUUGGAAUUGGAAUUUGGUUACAUAUAGUUUAUGGCGGAUACGCUACUUUAUUGCCAUCCUACCAAAUAAUUAGUGCUGGUAGCUUAUCAAUAGCAUCCGGAAUAAUUACGUUUAUUGUCGGUUUUCUUGGAUGUUGCGGUUCCUGGUUCCAAAAUAAAUGCCUUUUAGUUUCGUAUUUUAUAUUAGUAAUAUUAAUUUUUCUACUUGAAUUUACCGCUGGAACACUUGGGUUUAUAUACAGAAAACACGUAGGUGAAACGCUUAGAGACGAAUUAUUAAUGGGUAUUCAAGAAAAGUACAAAGUGAAUGAUGUUAAUGGUUUAACAGAAGCAUGGGAUCAUAUUCAAUUAAAGUUUGAAUGUUGCGGAGUUAAUGGAAUUAAUGAUUGGUAUAAUAUCAAUGCAUGGCCCGAAAAAACUUGGGUGCCAACAUCUUGUUGCAUUGAAGCGUAUAAAAAUGAAACUUGUGGCAUGAGAAAUGAAACAGAAAUAUGGCACAAUCAGGGUUGUUAUCAGAGGAUGCACAUGUGGUUAAUGGAACAAUUGUACAUAGUUGCAAUUAUAUGUAUGUUGUUUGCAUUUAUUCAGCUAUUUGGAUUAAUAUCAGCUAUGUUAUUAGUAUGCAGAAUAAAUGAAAAAAGAUACGAAAGAUGAUUAACAACAUGAAAAUUUGAAAGAAUUUUAAUAUAUUAAAAUAUCACUAAUUGUUAACAAGGCAUAUUUUUGUAUGAAUUGUUUGUUUUAAAAUAUUUAUAUAACAAAUAAAUUUGUAUUAAUUAUCAUCCAAUUUGAAUAUUUGUUUAAAGUAAAUUUUACAUAAUCAAAAUCAAAACUUUUGUACGUUUGAAAAAUAAGGAAAUGUAUGUUUAGUCUGAUAAUAAAUAGAAAUUACUUUUAAAUAUUUUAUCAACCAUCAAAAGGAAAAUAAUGUUUAUAAAUUAUAAUAAAAGUAC